GGGCGUGGGUGGGAGUAACCGGCGCGGGCGCCGCGACAGCGCGGGGCAGAGGAACCCGGCUACCCUGGACAGCGCAUCGCCUCCCGCCCGGGUUGCCGCGCCGCAGCCGCUGCGGAUCAUGGAGCAUCUAAAGGCCUUUGAUGAUGAAAUCAAUGCUUUUUUGGACAAUAUGUUUGGACCGCGAGAUUCUCGAGUCAGAGGGUGGUUCAUGUUGGACUCUUACCUUCCUACCUUUUUUCUUACUGUCAUCUAUCUGCUCUCAAUAUGGCUGGGUAACAAGUAUAUGAAGAACAGACCUGCUCUUUCUCUCAGGGGUAUCCUCACCUUGUAUAAUCUUGGAAUCACACUUCUCUCCGCAUACAUGCUGGCAGAGCUCAUUCUCUCCACUUGGGAAGGAGGCUACAACUUACAGUGUCAAGAUCUUACCAGUGCAGGGGAAGCUGACAUCCGGGUAGCCAAGGUGCUUUGGUGGUACUACUUCUCCAAAUCAGUAGAGUUCCUGGACACAAUUUUCUUUGUUUUGCGGAAAAAAACCAGUCAGAUUACUUUUCUUCAUGUAUAUCAUCAUGCUUCUAUGUUUAACAUCUGGUGGUGUGUCUUGAACUGGAUACCUUGUGGACAAAGUUUCUUUGGACCGACACUGAACAGUUUUAUCCACAUUCUUAUGUACUCCUACUAUGGACUGUCUGUGUUUCCAUCUAUGCACAAGUAUCUUUGGUGGAAGAAGUAUCUCACGCAGGCUCAGCUGGUGCAGUUUGUGCUCACCAUCACACACACCAUGAGCGCUGUCGUGAAACCAUGUGGCUUCCCCUUCGGUUGUCUGAUCUUCCAGUCGUCUUAUAUGCUGACGUUAGUCAUCCUCUUCUUAAAUUUUUAUGUUCAGACAUACCGAAAAAAGCCAACAAAGAAAGAUCUGCAAGAGCCACCUUCAGGGAAAGAAGUGAAGAAUGGUUUCUCCAAAGCCUACUUCACUGCCGCGAACGGCGUGAUGAACAAGAAAGCACAAUAAAGAUGAGUCACAGAGAAAGCACAUGUACUAGCCUCACAGAUUCGCUUGUUUUAAAGCAAAGACUGAAUUGAAUGUUACAUGUUUUAGGAUAAACUAAUUUCUUUUGAGUUUAUAAAUCAUUUGUACCCAGAAUCUAGUGCUAUAUUGCUAUUAGGUUAAUCUGUUAACUGAAUGCUUUGAUCAGCAUUGAGGUGAUGCUGACCUCCGAGGACCUCAGAACUAACUGGUGCAGCUUCCCUCCCUCCUUCCCACAGACUGAACCUCCCACCAGAAGCUGUCCUUGUAACGCCUUACACACAUAUACAGCCAGGAAAUGUGGAGCACUGUUUCUCACAGAAAGUCUUCAAAUAAAAAGAGUUUUGUUCAGAUGAAAAUGUUUAAAACAAAACGUUAAUUAUAUUCUAAAUACAGGGUAUAUUGAAGCAAUAAUUGCCAGUACAUAAUCAUUCCAUUUGUUCCUUUAGCAGUCGACCCCAGAAAAUAUUAACAUGGGAUCAUACACAGAAGACAGAAAAAUGUAGCCAGACUUCUUUCUCUAAGCCAGAGUCUUGUCUAUCAAAUGCCCACAACCACUCCUGAUUCUAAACUCAGUGAUACAGUAAUGAAACUGGUAUUUUAAAGAUUAGUUAUUCUAAGGAGAAAAAAAAAAUGCCUCUGCCAUAUUUUCCUAAUUCAAGGGCUUUGGAUAGGAUUGUUCCUCUGCUUCGCUAAUCAAUCAUCAGUUCACGUCUCCUCCCGUGCCAGACAGCCUAGGUUACUAAAGACACCAUGCUCUACACCACGGGCAGUGUACACAGUGUACAACUCUGGCUGCCCAUUUUCUUUCUGAGGAAGGACUGGAGUCUACUUUAAAAUCUUUGAACAUACAUGCCACUGGAAUAUGUAUAAAUCAAAACCAGUGGAUGGGGGCAAAAUAGGCACUGAAGUUGUCAACUCUUUUUGUCAGUCUAUACUUGUGAAUAUGACCCCAGAUACCUGUUGUCACUCUUUGCAGGUUAUUUAAGUUUUUGAAGUUGGGAGAAAAAAGAUGGAGUAGCUUGGAAAGAUUCCAGCACUAAGCUGUGGGCUGGUAAUGAGCCACAGUGAAAAACGCCGGUUUGGCAAACUCGGUAUUCCCAUUCCCUGCUCAGGUAUAUCCAGUCUCUACUGAGAAGCAAGCACAAAAGCAGACGAAAGUAUUAAUGAGUAUUUUCUUUCUCCCUAAGUGCAGGACUGUUACUACUAAACUCUACCAGGAAUGGAAACAAAGAAUAUUUUCUGAAGAUUUUUUUGAAGAUUAA